UGGGACCUAAAUAAGAUGAAGUAACGCUGAAAGUCCACGUGAGCGAUGCCAGCACACAUCAGCCAGUAACGGAAGCCUUCAUUGAGAUUUUUACCAACCAAAUCUCCAUUGCAUCUGGAACCUCAGGAGCAGAUGGCACUGCCUUCCUCAAGUUUCAGUAUAAAUUGGGCAAUCAGCUGAUAGUGACUGCUAGUAAACAUGCCUAUGUGCCAAAUUCUGCACCAUGGAAACCUGUAAGAUUGCCUGUCUUCUCUUCACUGAGCCUUGGCCUUCUUCCUGAACGCUCAGCUACUCUAAUGGUCUAUGAUGAUGUAGUCCAGAUAGUCUCAGGAUUUCAAGGUGCACGGACUCAGCCACAAGUUCACUUUCAGAGAAGAUCAGUGAAAUUACCGGAGAACACCAGCUAUAGUGAUUUGACAGCGUAUCUGACCGCAGCCAGUUCACCCUGGGAAGUGGACAGUUUCCCUUACUUGCAGGGGUUGGAUGGAAAUGGAACAGGAAACAGCACUAGAUAUGAUCUCACCCCUGUCGCUGCAGUCAGUGUCCAUCUUCUCAACAGUGAUGGUACUCCAGUCCCAGUGAAUGGCCCCAUCUACGUAACAGUGCCUCUGCCAACAAACAGCAACUUGAAGCACAAUGCACACGUUCCAGCCUGGAGGUUUGACCAAAAAUUUGGGAGGAGAAGGCAUGAGGACUACUGAACAAAACAAGUAUUUUGUCAGGCCACAUAACUUCACAACCUCAUGGAGAGGAAGGUACUGAAGACAUUAUCCUUAGGCUCCAGCUCACACUUCAGCUGAAGUAAGCAUCUUUCCAUGCAACCAAAGACGAUGAACAAAGACUUAUUUAAGCCCUGAUUGCAGCAUGCCAGUUCUAGCAGAAUUUUGGCCACAUCCCAACCAAUUUAAAUUAGAACAGACUAAUUUAAU